UGACUGCGGCGGGAAAAACAAUCACUCCCAUUGGCGGAAAAGGGUCACGUGAGCUACAUUGGUUAGCGUCUUACCGGCCGCACUGCUCUAUAUUUCCUUCACAAAGAAUUGUACAGCGUUCAUAAUACUACACUAUGGGUCGACCAAAAGCAGAAGGUGGUAGGAAGAGGAAAGCCAAGGACCCCAACAAGCCAAAAAGGUCCACAUCAGCGUACUUCUAUUUCCUGGGGAAAAUGAGAGAAGAUGCAAAAAGUUCUGGCAAACCCAUAACAAAGAUCGCAGAAUUCACAAAAGAAUGUUCAGCAAAGUGGGCCAAAAUGUCGGAGAAAGACAAAGAGCCAUACAACAAAAAGGCAGCGGCUGACAAGAAGCGAUAUGAUGCAGAAAUGGCAGCUUACAAAGGCAAGGACCCCAGCGAGGCAGGCAAACCCAAGAGGCCACAGUCCGCGUAUUUCUGUUUCCUGGCUGACUUCAGGGAAAAAAUGAAGGGAAAGAACAUUGACCACAAGGAAAUCAUCAAAAUGGCUGGUGAGGCCUGGAGGAACCUUGAUGAUAAUGAGAAGAAACCAUUUGAGAAAUUGGCCCAGAAAGAACAAGAGAAAUAUGAACAAGCCCUGGCUGAUUGGAGAAGGGGCGGCGGUGGAGCAUCACCAGCCAAGAAGUCCAAACAGGAAGAGAACGGAGAUGACGACGAAGAUGAUGAAGAGGAAGACGAGGAUGAAGAUGAAGAUGAUGAUGAAUGAAGAGGAGGAUCUUAGAGAGAAAUUCCGACCCAAUUAAAGCCAGUCCAUACCGUCACAAAGAUCUGCAUCACUAUUGACUUAAUGACCUAGCACUACUGUGGAAAAGAGAUCUCACCUAACCACUGCUGACUCCAUGUGUUCUGUUAGAAGUGGAAAAAAAAAAUAGUUUUGUAUUUAAAAAAAAAAAAUGAAUGAUAGUUGGAUGAAAUUACAAGGUUGUUUGAUGAACUAAAUGAAGUUAUGUCCCUUGACAGUGCUAAAUUAUGCAUUAAAGCUUUAUAUAGAAUACAUGAUAUUAUUAUACAUUUGAGGUAUGACAAAGUCUUUGAACAAAUUUAUUUUGGGUGAAAUAACAGUUUUAGUAAUAUAGAAAGGUUGGUGCAAUCUGGUUGUAAAUAUUCAUAUUUUUAUCAUUAUAGACAAUUCAUUUUAUCAUAUUUAAUCCCAUCUGUUUUGUCCCAUGUAUGUAAAGCAUUGUAUUAAAAGUGACUCUACAAAUUUAUAAGUUAUACUGCGUAUUGAAAGGUAUGCAUUGCACAGAUACUCCAUCCUGACCCUGUGUGACACAGGGAUUAUAUUUUUUUUUCUUCUGGAUUUUUUCCACUCAGGGACUAUAAUGUUGACAGGCAUUUAAUUUGAUCAUUUGCACCAUUUUCAGCAUUUUUUCAAGAAAUACGAUAUUUUAUGUCUCGUGUUAAAAAAGAAAAAUUUCCAAGCAAUAAUUCUCUGUAACACUUCUUUAUAAAUGUCAGAAUUUAUCAGUGCUGAUUUUUUUUCAAAUAUUUCAUCAUCCUCAUCAUUUUUCAUGUAGAAACAUAUCAUGUGUUGGAAAUUUGUGCAAGUUUGUAUCUUUUUAGUGAGAAUUUUUAAGAACUAAAUAAAAUCAAACAUUUUUUUUCUGUCAUUUUAUGUUUAGAAAAGUUUAGUUUUUACAACUUCCAAUUAAUAUUGUUUGCAAGUUGUAUGUAAUAAAAAUGUGUGCUUAA